AUGAACGCCCCACCUCAACCGUCGCCGUCGCUGCCGCCGAAGCCCUUGGAAGCGCCGCCAGCAUUCGGCCUGGGCCGCCGCAUCAGGGAGCUCCGAUUCGACAUGACGAAUAUCCUUCCCGGACCGCGCGUCGUACCGAGCCUCCUCGUCAGCGACUUCAUCGGCUUCGUCCUCUACGCCAUGAUGGCGCCCGAAUUGUCGACCGUCUUCGAGAAGAAGCUCUACGAUGCGGUACCGCUCGCGCGGGCCGUCUGCGAGGGCCUCCGCUGCUUCCUGGACGCCUUCCGGCAGGAGCGGUGGCACCAGGUGGACCACACGCAAGAGACCGCCGACAAGUGGUGCUCGUACUCGUACCGGUCGCCGCCCCCGCGGCUGCGGUCCUACCGCGAGAUCCUCAACCGGCAGCAGGCGCUGAGGAACUGCUGCGGCGCCCAGCUGCGCGGGCUGGGGACGCGAGACGUGGUGGGGAACAUGCUGCUGCAGGCCACCCUCGCCUUCUGCUGGGCGUGGGCGCUGCUCCGGGACCACGUCACGCUCGUCUGGCUGCUGGCGGCCAUCGAAAACGGGUGCGCGAGGUACAGGGAAAAGAUCGAGACGUCCACCCCACCCGCGGUCCGCAGGGGGGAGAGGACCAUGCCCGUGGCCCGGGGGGGCGGCGGCGGCGACGACGACGUCGGCCCAUCGUACUGGUGCCUGGGGAGGGUGCAGCGGCAGAUCAGCCGCGGCCACGACCUGAUCAGCAAGUUCGUGGAGUUGGACAUGUGCCACGUCGGGGGCGGAGCCGUCUGGGACGAGACGGAGUGGCUGUCAGAGAAGGACGGCGAGAUUCCGGCGGACGCCGUGGUCGACGAGGACCGGUUUCUCGUGAACCGCGUGGCCUUCUCGACGUGCAUGUCGUGGCUAAUGGUGUCCAUCAGCUGCGAUUUUGCGACCUUUUACCUCCUCGUCCUGCUGCGGCGCCUCCGGGGUCGUCUCGUGGGGUGCUUUUGGGGAACAUAG